CUGUUCCCAAAGCCCCUCUUCGGGAGACAGGCUGUUGCGUUAACAUUUUCCAUUUCUCACUGUGUGGUGCCCACCAGAGGGAGUGUGGGAGGAAACACAUCACCCAUAGUGGAGACAAAGAGAUUCUGAAAUGAUGGAGAAAUGCAGAGAAACGCUCAGACAGAACGUGGGAGCAAAGCUCUCACCAGAGAAAAGCCAGAGAGGCCUGGAGAGGCAGAAUCUAGUGUAUGUGCAGCCACAGGCAGAGGCCUGUUAGCUGGAAUGAGAUUGGCCCAGCAGACUGAGGGUACACUGUGCUUUUGUGCUUAGGGACUCCUGGGAUCAGGCACACGGGACCAGAGAGCACUUGGUUCUAUCAAAUAGCAUUGCAGUCGGAGCAUCUUCGGUGGAAGGGAAGCUGCUUAAAGAGAAGGGCUCAGAAACGGGAAUGAGCACAUGGAUGAGGAAAUCGGAACUGAGAGUCCUCUGAGACACGUGGGGGGAAGGAAGAUGGCAAGAGACAAGGAAAGCGCCUAUGGCUCAGAGGAGGAUUCAUGGGCCCCUCGGAUGCCCCUACUGAGGCUCAUCCUAGUAGGCAGGACCGGGACCGGCAAGAGUGCCACAGGUAACAGCAUCCUGGGCCAGAAGUGCUUCCUUUCCAAGCUGGGGGCUGUGCCUGUCACCAAAGCCUGCUCCUGGGCCAGCAGGAAGUGGGCUGGCUGGCAGGUGGAGGUGGUGGACACCCCAGAUGUCUUCAGCUCUGAGGUCUCUCAGACCGACCCCACAUGCAUGGAGACAGCCCACUGCUUCCUACUGUCGUCGCCUGGGCCGCAUGCACUGCUGCUGGUCACCCAGCUGGGUCGCUUCACUGCUCAGGACAGCCAGGCGCUGGCCGGGGUGAAGAGGGUGUUUGGGGAGAAGGUGAUGGCACGGACUGUUGUGGUGUUCACACGCAAGGAGGACCUGGCUGGAGAGCCUCUUCAGGAUUACUUGUGCUUCACGAACAACCGUGCGCUGCGGGAGCUGGUGGCCGAAUGCGGGGGCCGCGUGUGUGCCCUGAACAACCGCGCCACCGGCCAGGAGCGCGAGGAACAAGCUGAACAGCUGCUGGGCCUGGUCGCUGGGCUGGUGAGGGAGCAUGGGGGCACGUACUACACCAACGAAGUGUAUGAUCUGGUGAGGACCCUGCGGGGCGCUGACCCCCAGGACCAACUCACCAAGGUGUCAGAGAUGGUGGCAGCACGGAUGCAGAGGCCCCUGCCCACCAGGCUGCUAACUGGGCUGUGGAAAUGGAUGAUAUCCUACUGGCCAGGCAGGAGACGGGGCGUGAUUAUCUUCCUGGGUGUGGCCAUCCUGAUCUGCGUACUGUACCACAGAAUGAUGCCCCAGGCCAUCGGGGACCGGGAUAGCAGAUAACACUGGUCUUAGAAAAUGUUAUAUCUAGGAAGGAAAUCUUAUAAAAAUUGAUUUUUACUUGGAACUCUGCUCAGAGUUCACAGUACCGGGAACACGACAACAGCUUUGCAAAGGCUGGGAGGUGAUGAGCCUCA